AUGAAUUCAGAAAUGACUUUUGAUGACUUCAAGAACAAGACUAUGAAGGAUCAACCUGAUCAGAAGCCAAACGGAAAGAAAGCUAGAGGUCUUCAUUUUCCUUCUUCUCGGUGGUGGUGCCCUAUGGCUGUGACCCUGGGGAUCCUUUGCUUGGGAUUACUGGUAACCCUUAUUAUACUGACAAUGCAAUUAUUACAGGUGUCUGAUCGCCUAAAGCAACAGCAAGCAAACCUCACUAACCAGGAAAUGAUACUGGAGGGACAGAUCUUAGCACAGCGCCAGACGGAAAAAGCUUCCCAGGAGUCAGAAAGGGAACUCAAAAAAAAGAUAGAAACCCUUACCCAGAAGCUGGAUGAAAAUUCCAAAAAACAGAUGGAACUUCAUCAGCAGAACCUGAAUCUCCAAGAGGCUCUGAGGAAAGCAGCAAACUUUUCAGGUCCUUGUCCCCAAGACUGGCUCUGGCAUGAAGAAAACUGUUACCGAUUUUCCUCUGGCCCAUUUAAUUGGGAAAAAAGCCAGGAGAACUGCUUGUCUUUGGAUGCCCAGAUGCUGAAAAUUAAUAGCACAGAUGAUUUGGAAUUCAUCCGGCAAGCGAGUGCCCAUUCCAAUUUUCCGUUCUGGAUGGGGUUGUCUCUGAGGAAACCCAGCAGCUCAUGGCUCUGGGAGGACGGCUCUCCUUUGACGCCCCACUUGUUCAGACUCCACGGUCCUGUUUCCCAGAUCUAUCCUUCAGGCAGUUGUGCCUAUCUACAAAGAGGAGCUGUUUUUGCCGACAACUGCAUUUUAACGGCAUUCAGUAUAUGUCAGAAGAAGGCGAAUCUAUUGAGACCACAGUGA